UUGAUAAACAAACCUAGGACCAAUGGCCGGGUUCAAAAUUCUUGUGUUUACUGUCUGUCAAGUUCUAAUGCAACCGCGAAGGAAUAUUCUGUAUUGAUUAAACUUUUGUAGUUAUUUAGCUGAUAAAUGUAAGGGACUACUUUGGUCGCGGGCGUGCUCACUAGAUAGAAAUGUUCAAGAACACUUUUCAGUCGGGUUUCCUGUCAAUACUUUACAGCAUAGGCAGCAAGCCUUUACAAAUCUGGGACAAAAAGGUUCGCAAUGGGCACAUAAAGAGGAUCACCGACAACGACAUCCAGAGCCUGGUGCUCGAAAUUGUGGGGACCAAUGUCAGCACCACGUACAUAACAUGCCCGGCGGACCCGAAAAAAACCCUUGGCAUCAAGCUUCCUUUCUUGGUCAUGAUCAUAAAGAACCUCAAGAAAUACUUCACCUUCGAAGUUCAAGUUUUAGAUGAUAAAAAUGUUAGGAGGCGGUUUCGUGCCAGCAACUAUCAGUCCACCACUCGGGUAAAACCGUUCAUCUGCACUAUGCCAAUGCGACUUGAUGAAGGCUGGAAUCAGAUUCAGUUCAACCUGGCCGACUUCACACGACGAGCUUAUGGCACCAACUACGUUGAAACCCUACGGGUACAAAUACACGCCAACUGUCGGAUUAGACGAGUCUACUUCUCGGAUAGACUUUAUUCUGAAGACGAGUUACCUGCAGAAUUCAAACUGUUCCUCCCAAUUCAAAACAAAGCAAAAACUGCAGUGUCAUAAAUAUCAACCAGUUGACAUUAUUAUAGUAAAAUGUAUUUUUAAGUCUUAUUUCUAUUUUUUUUUUAUUUUUAAUGUACUUCUUUUACCCAUUCUUUGAUAAUAUAUAUUUUGUUUAUGUUCAAUGAAAUAAAUAAAUGCACAGUCACCCAA